CUCAAGAGGGAGGGAGGGGCUCUCCCUGCCGUCCGGAUAUUGUUGCUUUUCUCCGCAGAUUGUUGCACGUUCGCUGGGAAGUCGCAACUCGCCUCCGCCGUGCGCGCCAUUCCGCUCGGUGCUGCGGCCCGGCUCGAACUGAAAAGGGGAGUUUAUAAGGGGGAGGAGAAAGAGAAAGAAUGUUUGUUUUUUGUAAAAUUCAAACGCAAAGAAUAAAAUGCGGCAUGUGGGAGAGAAAGAGAGAUGGACGGUCGAUGCACGCUUUAUAAAAUAAAUAAUGAAUUAAAGAACAAAGCGAAGCUGGACGGUGCUCUGCAAUUUUCGGAAGAUUAUGUUUUAAACCCCGGCUUUGCUACUUUUUUCUUGGAGUUUGUCCGCAGUUUCCUAAAGGUUACAUUUGAUGGACGCUGCAAAUUAUGUCUAAAUACGAGGAAGACGUGGCCGUGCAGGCGACUUUUCUUCAAGACCUUUCCCUGUAUGAGGCGCCCACCGAUGGUCUGUACGGCGCACGGAGGCUGCUGGGCAGCCCCAGUCUGGAGGAAACAAAGCGAACCUUCUUGCUACAGAUGAUCCCGGGGCACCAGCACCACGUCCUGGAGGCGGCGAGCAGGAUGAACGGCUCAGCCACCGAUCCGCACCUACAAGACCGAAGUCUGGGCACUUCCUGCAAACUCUCCGCAGCGCCCAGGGGAGCGAAUGGCAGCCGCUGCGGCCCGGAGCCGCAGCUGGCGGGCGAGCCCGACCCGGUGAGCUGUUACUUCAAGGGGCACGGAGCUGCGACAGCUUUCGGUUACAACAACGCCGACAGCCGCAGGUACAGCGGCGGCGCCGGGCUGCUCUACGAGCCCGGCCAGGCGUGCGGUCGGCAGGGAGGCUACGCGGCGUAUCCCGGUGCCUGUGCCGCCGCGGCCGGCAGGGCUAACAAUGUCUCAGCCGCCAGGAGCAACAACGUAUCGGCGGGCCGUUGUAACAACGUGUCGGCCCCCGGGCAGCCCCAGGACGCGCGUCUCGGCGCCACCAGCCCCCGCUCCAGCCUCGCCUCGUCCUCUUCCUCCAACUCCACUCAAGAGCACGGCAAGCACCCGAGCCCCCGCUCCAGCCUCUACCCGAGCCCCCGCUCCAGCCUGGUGGUGGGAAGCUCGGCCCAGGACAAGUACUCGAGCCCCCGGGCCAGCCUCGUCCAGUACGAGGGCGGCGGCGGCGGCCUGAGCUCCCGCUCCAGUUACGCCAGCACAGCGAGCGACACCAGCAAGCACUCGAGCCCCCGGGCCAGCCUCAACGAGGGCGGCGGCAGCAGGCCGAGCAGCAACCGGACCAGCGGCAUCAGCAUGGGCUACGACCAGAGGCACGUCAGCCCGCGCUCCAGCUACUCCGACUCCCGCUUCGCCCAGGCCGACGCCGAGGCUGCCGGAGCGGCCCAGGGCCCGAGCGCCCGCAGCAGCAUUUCCAGCCAGAGCUCCCGCGGCUCCCUCAGCGCCGCCUACGGCGACCUUCAGCUGCCGUCGCCGCGAUCGUCGCUGCUGGGCGCCGGUCUCCCGGAGGAGAGUUACCCGGGGCUGGAGAGCCAGCCGGCUUGCGCCGGCGACCCGUGCUGCCAACAGCGGCCUCCGACGGAGGCGGCGGCCGUCACUCUCCACCCGUACGGCUACAGCCCGGGCAAGGGGCCGCCGGCAGCGCACAAGGUGCGGCUGCCGUACCAGGUGACGCCGGGCCGGGAUAGCGGGCCGAGCCAGGCCGAGAAGCGGCUGGAGGCGCUCACCCGCGAGUUGGAGAAGGAACUGGAGCUGCACGUUAAGAAAGAGUAUUUCGGUAAGGUGCCUUGUCCUGGCUCUCUCCUUCUCCCAUUGACCGGGUCCCGGUGCUCCCGGAGCCGCUGCCUAUGCCCAUACGUGAACCAGUCGCCGACAGCGGGGGUACGGAGGGCAGCGCGGUAAUUACUCUCUGCUAACGCUGCAUCCUCUGGGCAGCCGGCUUCUUUGGUAUAGAGGGGAAGAUGUCAGUCACUGUACGACACCUGGCUACAGUACUGGUGUGGACUGGUCUGCCACUGUGUAACACCGGGGUACGGUACCGGUGGGGACGGGUCUGUCACUGUGUGACACCGGGGUACGGUACCGGUGUGGACUGGUCUGCCUCUGUGUAACACCGGGGUACGGUACCGGUGGGGAUGGUCUGUCACUGUGUGACACCGGGGUACGGUACCGGUGGGGAUGGUCUGUCACUGUGUGACACCGGGGUACGGUACCGGUGGGGACGGGUCUGUCACUGUGUGACACCGGGGUACGGUACCGGUGUGGACUGGUCUGCCACUGUGUAACACCGGGGUACGGUACCGGUGGGGACGGGUCUG